UGUGAGUAAACUGCGAUUCGUCCCAUGGAAACGAGGGAAGCUGUUUAACGUGAAACGUUGGAUACAUUGUAGCGAUCGUGGUUUAUCGAUCCAUGGCCAAAUCAUGUCGUUGCUACAAUGUUAAUCUCAAAACGGACACAUCUAAUCAGGUGCAUAUGUCGUAAUCACUCGCCUGCUUGUUUUGUACGCGACUGCAAAGCAGAUAUAUUCUUGCUAGCAGCCCAACGUAAAUUUAGGUCACUGUAUUUUUUAAAAACUGCUUAGGACUACUUACGAUGAACAUAGCCUUGCUUUGUUGUAAAAAAAAAUAUGUUUCAUUACUGCAUGUAUUUUUCUAUUUCAUAUGAUCAACAAUGACAACGCAGGUGUUUUGCAAAUAUCAAAUUGUUGAAAAUUAUUCAUCUGAAUGUUUUUCGAACAAGCUGAUAGAUGUAGAGAAUGUGGAAUCGUGGAGGCAGGAGUUCAGCUCUGGAAAGAGCACAGGCACAGCUCUCAGAGAGGAGAAUUACCAAAAGCUCUGCUGACUCAAAAGAUAACCCAGAGCGUUAUGUGGCUAAAGGAAGAGUUAAAACCCAUGGAGAUCCAGUAAGUUAAAGUUAAUUUAUUUUAUACUCUACACCCAAUGCUUGUUCAUUAGCUAAGCUACCCCAAACUGCAAGAAUGUUGAGUGCAAUGUAUUCACGGAAUUUGCAUUUCUAUUGCAGUUAUCUCCCCAGGGAUAUAUGGAUACCAUUGCCAAUAGGAGAAACACCUCACAAGCCAGACAAACCCCAUUCCAGGACCUGAGCGACCUAUCGUUAUCCUUAGAGGACUCAGUGAGUAAACAACAUCCCAAUGAGAUCACCAACAAAAAGCUGGGGAGGGACGACCCACCAGCAGAGAGCUUUGGAGCAGGUUGGGGGAGCAGGUUCCUCAAGAAAGCCCCUCCACCUGCUGCAGUUACCAGCCAACCUCCAGCCCUGAGCAGGACCCAGACACAGCCGGUCGAGGCCAAAUAUGUGACCACAUACCAGAGGAGCUCACAGAGCGCAGCCCUGAGCCGACUGGCCCUCAUAGAGAACCGCAUCCGAAACCGGCAACAGGCCAGGGAUGGACCAGCGCUGUCUGCUGAUAGGAGUACACCACCAGCCACCCAGGAGAGGGAGACGCCCCUGUCUUCCCAGUCCAGCAGUGACCUCAGCAUGAAGGGGAAACGCUUCCUGAAGAAGACAGCGAAUUCAUCACCUACACCUGCUGUAGCGCCCAAGGAGAAAGGCCCGGAUCUGGAUCCCAUGCCAUUGGGUGGUUCCAAAGCCCCUAUUCCUCCAAUCAGGGUGGCCAGUCGAGGUGUGACUCUGGACAGUGAUGAGGAGGAUAUGAGGAAGCUCCUGGGAGGCUCUUUUGAGUCAUCAGAGGAUAGCCUGCACAAAGAAGCAAGAGUGUCCUCACAGACAACAACUAGAAAGGUAGCUCACUGCCUUACUAAGAGUGAUAUUAUUAGGUAUUAAUAGCAAUUUAGUACCAGCAAUGUGCAAUCUAACCACCAUCUCUCCUUUUGCUUAUAUUCCACAGUCCUUCGUCAAAAGAAGCCAAAAGGUUUCACCCUCACCUCCACUGGCAGACUGGCCAUCCUCAGUCAGAGCACUGUCCCGCUCCCCACCCUUUCCUCAACGACUCGGGUCCCCCAGGUGCUUCUCCAGCCGAACCCUGGCCCAGCACAGCCCUUCUCUCUCCAUCCGCAGUGCCUCAGUGGUCCUCUCGCCAUCGCCCUCUCCACCCAACGCUCCCUCCCCAGGCAGACAGGGCUCCCCCCAGUCCAGACACCUCAGGCGCUCCCGGUCCUCAGUGUCAGCCCUCAGCGAGGUGCGCUCCCUGGAGGAGCUCUUCCCUGAGGCCCUGGGCUCCCUGGCGGAGCUCUACCCUGAGGACCUGCCCUCUGACGAUGCCACCAGUGAGAAAAGUGGGGUCUCUGAUGGUAAGAUGUCAUGCAUUAAAUAUCUGUAGUCUGAGUUAUAGUGAAAAGCAAUAUAGAAAUGUGAAAUGUGCUUUUCUAUAGUGUUUUGAGUGUGAAGGCUAAACAGUGAUGCAGAGAGCUUUAAUAUAAUUUACAAAUUCAGUUGAUUAAUUAAGUCAUGUUUUCUCUGCAGAAUUCAAGAUUAACAUUAUGUCACUGGACGACCUGGCACCGGUCGUCACGCUUGGAAUGUAUGAGAACAAAAAAAAAAAAAAAGUUAGUAAUAAUGACAGCCAGUGGUACCAUUAGGUUCUUUCUGGAUAUGUUUUACAUUGCUGAUGAGGUUUUGUUUUCCAGAAAGAAACCAAAGCGGUCAAGCACAAGGACCCUGCUGCUAGAUCAUUUAUCGAGGAAGUUUCUGGUGAGGAGCAGAUCCCAUCAGAGGAGCCCAGGGAGGACUAUGAGAGUGACUUUGAGAGUGAGAUUAGGACUGAGACAGACAGGAGUAGGGUGAGUGAGAUCUCCAAGUACCUGGGAGACGGGGACAAGGACGUGUCGGAGGUCAGCGAGGUCAGGGACUGCAUCGUCUCUGACACAUCCCGGCAAGACAAGUACUCCAGUGUCUCGGAGGGGGACAGUCACGUCACCCACACAGACUACAGUAGAACCGCUGAUUCAUUCAGUGGCAGAAGCAGCAGUGGUUCCUAUUCCAGAUCAUCAUCUCGCUCCCACUCUAUGGCUGACACUAUCACGCCGUCUAGCGUGUCGAAAAGACGAUCACCCAGCAGAAGGAGCGUGAGAGAGGCUGCGGUGCAGACCCAACCAGACGGACUGGCCUACACCUGGUCCUCCGGUUUGUCCACUAACUAACUACAGUACAUUUGCAACAGCAAAAACAAUAUUGGCAUUUUAGUCAGUGUAAUGUAGUAAUGGCUACUUGUCUGUCAUACCUCUCCUUACAUAACACUGUCAUUCCCGUCUGUUUGUGUAGGUAUGGCCACCCUGGGGCCAGCGGUGGGGAUGGCCUACGUGGAUCCAACCCCUGUUGCAAGUCACACCGUCAGCGCAGAGGCCGUGGAGGGUAUGUCAUUACAGCCACGGUUCAGUGACAACAAUUCACUUAUUUUUUUAUAAAAUGCCUCAGUUGAGCCUCAAUCGCUACAUCGCAACUCAUGCUAGUUGAUGCACUGUUUCACCCACCUCAUUUUCACCGUAAUGCCUGAAGCAUAAUCUCUUAUCUAAACAGGAAAGGCUCAGGUUUUCAUCCUUCUGACCACACCUCUAUUGUGUCUACCUCCUCCCCAGCCCUCAGUGCGUACAGCCCUGCUGUGUUUGCCCUUAACGACAUGCUGAGGCAGCAGCUGGCCCUCACCAAACACUUUGUCCAGACCAGCCGCCACCUCCAUUCCUCCUUGCUGCAGUCUCUGGGCCCUGCAGACUACACCUACACUACUCUGGAGGACACCAAGGAGGUAGGCUACUCUAAUGCCCAAUCCCAACUUUAAUUGCAACACACUUGCGUAGUACUGAAGGUGUAAUUGAUAGUGAAACACCCCACCUUGACACCUAUCCUCUUAUGAGGGGCUCUCAACCUUUGUCAAAUAUUUGCUUUGGACCCUUGCCAGAAGAUAGCGACCCUACCCUUUACGCUUGUUUAAACUGAGCUGCACUGAUGGUUACAUUAAGACAGGGUUUCCCAAACUCUGUCCUGGGCACAGGAAGUUGGUGGCACCUUAAUUGGGGAGGACGGGCUCAUGGUAAUGUCUGGACUGGAAUAGGUGGAAUUGUGUCAAAUACAUCCAACACAUGGUUUCUAUGUGUUUGGUGACAUUCCAUUUACUCCGUUUCGGCCAUUAUUAGCCGUCCUCCCCUCAGCAGGCUCCUGUGGUCUUGGGCCCCCCCCCAGGUGCACGUUUUGGUUUUUACCCUAGCACUACACAGCUGAUUCAAAUAAUCAAAGCUUGAUGAUGAGUUGGUUAUUUGGUUUUAAAACGUGCACCCAGGGGUGGGCCCCAGGACCGAGUUUGGGAAACCCUGCAUUAAGACACCGUUGAGAGCCGGUGUGAGAUAUGGGUCGGAAAACAUACUGCAAUGCGAUAUGCCACUGUACUCCAAAUUUUAACUUUACCUUUAUCCACACUGAUACAUCAAAGAUUUCUCUAAAAACUGCCCUUUUCGUACUCAUGCUAGCUAGCAGUAGCCACCGCAGCCAUUUUGUAAUGGCAGUGUCAGCCAAUCAGCUCCUUUGUUGUUGAACGCGACAUGCCAUUCCAUAAUGGCUGCUGUGGCUACUGGUAACUAGCACGAGGACAAAAAGGGCAGUUUUCCAGGAAAACGAACAGUAUUUCAAUCUUCGAUGGAGCAGUGUGGAUAAAAGUAAAAUUUGGAGUACAGUGGCAUAUCCCAUCCCUGCAUUGAGGUACGUUUUCCGACCCAUAUCUCGCGCCGGCUCCACGGUGUCUUAAUGAUUGAUUUCCGACCUGUGUAAACAAGCGUAACGGUAGGGUCGCUAUCUUCUGGCAACUGUGGACCCUAAUUGUUUUCACACUUACUCUGUGCAUUUGUAGUCAUGAUCCAAGACAAAGAUUUACAUUUUCAGAUUUGUUCUACUUUUCCUGAAUUGUAGUGGGAUUCAAUCAACCUGUGCUAUCUGUGUUAUAGUUCAUUCGCUGUCACAAGCCUCCCCAGCUGACCAUGGAAGAGGCCUUGGAGGAGGUUCUUCAAGAAAUGAGAGAGUACCACUACAUCUGACUACCAGGAACUGCUCGGACUGCACAUGGUGCUAUUAAAAUAUUUUAUACUAGAGAUUAUUUUUUCUUAAAAAAAC